AUGAAUGAUGUUCGUGAAAAAGUGUCUGCUGGAUCCUCGACUUGGGAGGGUGGCGUUACCCACAGCGAAUCAUCACCGGAACUUCAGUGUUCACCUAGUGCUGGCGGAGAAACACCGCAAACUCCGGGUGCACCUGUACCGUUGGCUCCUCACCUUGCUGCAGAUUUGCAUCCAGAUCUUCUGCAACAAGGCUGGCGAAAAUAUUGGUCUAAGCGUGAGAACAGACCAUACUUUUGGAAUAAAAUCUCAGGAGAAUCCAUGUGGGAGCUGCCAGCAGUGAAAAGAGAUUUUGAUCCAAUAACAGACCCAUUGGGUAUUUGCCACACUGGCCCUCCUCAAGCUGGUAAUGUAACUCCAAGUGCUAGCAAAAGACGUCCAUCUGAAGACAAUGGUCCCCCACCAAAGAAGUUUGUCUUAGCUGGCCCUUGGGAUAUUGAAGUACCAACUAAUGUUGUUAUAUAUGAACGUCCACCAACUAUAUGCCCACAUCCCCAUCCAGAAAUUGAAGGAUUUAGAUUUACAUUAGCAAAUAAAUUACGGCAAUGUUAUCAAGAGCUUUGCCAUACCAGGGAAAGUAUAGAUGCACCAAAAGAUUCUUUCAAUCGUUGGUUAAUGGAGAGAAAAGUAAAUGAUCAAGGUGGUUCAGACCCUUUGCUACCUAGCCAUUGCUUCCCUGAAAUAUCCAGGUCAAUGUAUGAAGAAAUUAUGAAUGAUAUUCCUAUUAAGUUAACACAUCCAAAAUUCACGGGUGAUGCUCGUAAACAAUUGUCUCGAUAUGCUGAGGCAGCAAAAAAAAUGAUAGAAUCAAGAAAUGCCUCACCGGAGAGUCGUAAGGUAGUAAAAUGGAAUGCAGAAGAUACAUUUCAAUGGCUUCGACGAACUGUUGGAGCAACAUAUGAUGAUUUUCAAGAUCGAUUAGCACAUUUAAGAAGACAAUGUCAACCACAUUUAGCUGAAACGGCGAAGGCUUCAGUUGAGGGAAUUUGUUUGAAAAUCUAUCAUUUAUCAGCUGAAUAUGCUAGAAAAAUUCGGGAAAAACACAGCUGUUUGUUGAAAGAAAAUGGAAUACAGGAGCUGGCGGCGCCGUUGCAGCAGGCGGCGCUGCGGAAGGUGUGGUGUUACCCGGUGCAGUGCGCCCUCCCCGCGCCCCGGCCGCCCCUCGUCGAGCACUUCCUCGAUCGCGACCAAGCGCUGCUGCGCUACCUAGGCGACACGCAGAUCAUCAACGCCACCUAUCUGCAGAAGUUGGAGUGCCUGUACAGGUACAGCUGCUUCGACGACAAGAAGUUCGAGCAGUUCCUGUCGCGCGUGUGGUGCCUGCUGCGGCGCUACGCGGCGUGGGUGGGCGCCGGCGCGGAGGCGCACCUCGCCCAGAUGGCGCUGCCGGUGCCCGUGCUCGAGUGCCUGCACCGCUGCUUCGGCGUCACCUUCGAGUGCUUCGCCUCGCCGCUCGACUGCUACUUCCGCCAGUACUGCUCCGCCUUCGCCGACACCGACUCCUACUUCGGCUCCCGCGGUCCAUUCCUGGAGCUGAGGCCAGUGUCGGGAUCGAUGGUGGCGCACCCUCCCUACUGCGAGGAACUGCUCGAGGCGGCGUUGCGCCACAUGGAGCGGCUGCUACAGGAGUCCGCGGAGCCACUCAGUUUCGUGGUCAUGCUGCCCGAGUGGCCCGAUAGGAAUACGCACGCCCUACACAAGUUGCAGGCCAGCCACUUCAAGAGGAAACAGGUUGUUAUACCGGCGUUUGAACAUGAGUACCGGCAUGGAUUUCAACAUGUCUUACCGAAGAACGAGGUGUACUUCCGCUGGGGCGGCGGCACGGUGGUCGUGUGGCUGCAGAACGCGGCCGGCUUCGCGCGCUGGGGCCCGACCGAGGAGCGAGUGGAGGCGCUGCUGGACGCGUGGCGGCCGCGCUCCAAGCUGCGCUCGCCCGCGCCCGCCGACGCGGACCCGCCGCCCGCCAACAGCGCGCCCCCCGCGCCCGCCGCGAACGCCCCCCACGCCCCCCCCGCCACGCCCGCCGACAAGCGC